AAACAUCGCCCAACAUCAUCCAUAUGUUUCUGUUUACAUGUACGUGUCUAAGUUUACGUUUACAUCAACACAUUCAACAUGAUAGUGCAAGUGGAGGGAUCAUUAUUUCAAAUCCUUGUAAUGUGUGUAUAAAUAACGUCGGGCUUCAACAUUCAACUUUAUUCGACAUUGACACGUUCUCUCGUUGUGUACACCUCGUAAAAACAGUGAAUAUUAUACAGAAACAAAAUGGAGAUUGAAUUGGAUGAUCGUUUGCGUUCGUUGAUUGAACAAGUCGCGAAAAAAGAAGGAUUUACUCAGUGUAACAUAGAAACAGAUGUUGGAAGUGCAAAAGGUGAUAAUUAUCUGGGAACCAUAACAAAAGUUAAAGUAUCUGAGCCAUCCAGUGAUAAAUCUUUGGAUUUAAUCAUGAAAACUGCAUCGAGUAAUGCGGAUUUUCGUAAAGUUGUGCCAAUUAAUGACGCAUUCAGCCGGGAGAGUUAUUUUUAUACAGAUGUGUUGUCUACUUACAACACACUUUUGAAAGAGUAUAAUUUAGAGCCACUGAACGCAUUCCCCGAGCUGUUGACAUCCGACAUGGAGAUUCCGGAAGUCCUCAUAAUGGCCGACAUGAAAGCGCGAGGUUAUGUAAUGCGAAAUCGAACGGAAUUCUUGGAUUUAAAUCAUGUUGAACUUGUAAUGAAAGAAUACGGCAAAUUCCAUGGAUUAUUCUAUGCAUUAAAAGAAUUACGUCCGGAAGAAAGUCAAAAAUUAUACGAAGCAAUGCCGGAGAAUUUCUUCUCAAAGAUGGAUUUUGACAGCCCGGCUGCAAGCAAAUCCGUGGAUAGUUCCAAUGAAAAAGUUAUGAAAGCACUGCUUCCGGAAGAUGUCAAAGCCCGUGAGCGUUUUGAAGAAUACACAAAGGACACAAUGAAGAAAAUAAUCAAAACAUUAGAACCAACUGCAGCUGGAAAGUACGCUGUGAUAAACCACGGUGAUAGUUGGGUGAAUAACAUGUUGUUUUUGUAUGACAAAACCGGAAGUGUGCAAUCACAGCCGCCAUCACAGGUCUGUUUAUUAGACUUUCAAUUAUCUCGGAUUGCUUCACCUGCCUUGGACUUGUCUUACUUUAUUUUUACGUGUACGGAUAAAAAACUCAGAGAAAAACAUUUUGAUGAUAUGUUGAAGUUGUACCACAAUGCAAUGCGGGAUUUACUCAAAGGAUUCUCAUUGGACGUUGAUGAUUUUUUGACACUUCCGGAACUGCAUCAACAAAUGCGAUUGUUUUCACUGUUUGGCAUUCACAUGACGAUUGGUGUAACUCAUUUGAUGUUAAGUGACCAGGAGGAGAUUCCGGACUUUCAGAAUAUGAAGAUCAACGAUGAUGACCUCGAGGAAACCAUGAAGGCGUUUGUUUACGUUAGUAAGAAUGAAAGCAGAUAUAUGGAACGUAUACGCGGUGUGAUAUUGGACGCUGUUGAGAGAGAUUACCUAUAAUCCCUACUAAUAUUAUAAAUGCGAAAGUUCUGAUGUUUGUUACACUUUCAUGCAAACACUACUUAACCGAACAUCAUGAAAAUUUGUACACAUAUUCUUAGUGGUCCCCGAAUGGUUAUAGGCUACUUUUUAUUUAAUAAAAACAAUUAUUUUUUAAAUAAAAUAAAGAAAUUGUUUAGCCAAUAA